AUGGCGGUGUGCGCACGGCUGGCCCUGAUGGGGCUGGUCUUGCUCGUUCUGCCCUCUGUUGCGCCUGUGCAUGCCAGCCACCAAGUGUCCUUCAGCAAGUGGCUCUUUGAUCUACAGAUUCCUCUACCUGCCGUCACGGUCAUCAAGGGCGUCGAUCUGACUGAUGGUGUCUGCACCCACACUGUGAUUGCCAACAUCUCCACGGACGUCCAGGGCCUGGCCUACGGAUUCGAGGGCUCGGGCAUAAGUCUCAACUGUAGCCUCGCCUUCAAGGCUGAGGCCCUGCCUCGCUUCAACGAACGUGUCACCAUGGUUGUUGAUCACUCCAUCCUCGGAUUUGUCCUUCAACUUGAGAAGGACGACCAGCAACGUAUUACAAACCUCACUCUAGAACAGCCGACUGCGAUCUUUGAGGUGUCCAACAUGAUUGUCGAUGGGACUAUCCCCACGGGCGGCUUCUUCAACUCAUCUAUGAUUCGCACCGCCAUGGCUGACGUUCUUCAAGCUCAAUUUCGCAAGCUUGUUCCCGACCUCGUUGAUCACAUGCUUGCUCCCCUCCUUCGCAACAUUUCUUUCGCGCUCUACGCCCAAGGUCAAGCCGUUAUGCAUCGUCCUCCCCCGUGCCCCCAUGAAUCAGGCAUGGCCGACCUGCGCACCUCACCCGUCAUUCAGCUGGUCGAGUUUGUCAACUCCAUUCUUUCUCUGAAUGACACUGAUAGCUUGCUUCUUGACGGUCUCGUGGACGCGCUCACCAACCACACGGGGCGUGUCGCCCUCGAUCUCAACCUUAGCACCGUCCUCGAUCUCCCAGGCUUGGGUACCGUCGGUCUGGGCUUUCAAGAUGUUGUUGUCGCAGGCCUCGACACGUGGAAUUCGAUUGAACUCUUCAAUGUAACGAGUCCCUGUCAGCUGGAAACCACCUCCAAUCUCGCAAACCUGAGCAUCAAUAUUAGCCUGACCCUCGACAUUCAGCUCGCCAACUCGAGCGAUAUCUUGCACGAGGAGUUUACGGUGGUCUUUGCCAUGGAUCAUGGCACCAUGGACCUCAUCCUUGACCUUGAUGUCAGCCAGGCCAAGACUGACGCCCUUCGCUCUCUGCAAAUUUUUCAGCCCGGCUGCCUUGCUGAGGCUGUCGACUUUUUCGGCUUGACCUUCCUCAAUCUCGACUUUCAACUUGACGACCUAGAACUCGUCCCUGCCGCCGGCACCCUCGAGCAAGACCUUGACCUUGCCCUCAACAAUCUCAUGCACCUGGUUGUCGUCAACUUUGACGACCUGGUACCGAUGGCCCUCAACGUUCUCCUCAACGAAACUUUGGCCCCGAUUAAUAAGGCCAUCAAUCAGAGCUUGUCCAACCAAACCUGCACCCCUGCUCGAAGCACCGCUCCUCCGGGCACGAACAUGACCAUCACCUACAUUGCCGUCUCCACUGGCCUGGCCCUUGCCUUUGUCUUUGGUCUCUGGGUCUUCCACGCCAAUGACAAGCACGCAAAGCGACUGAGCGCGUAUUCCCUCAACAGUCCAGAUGAAUCCGCGCCCCUCCUGGAAGGUCGCAACCCCGCUCCUUGCCUGGCUGCCGAGCCUAGCGUGGGAACAUGGUCUCGCUACCUCAUCCCCAUCACGCUGCUCGGCACCAUUGCCCUUCUCAUCAACUCGAAUGCCAGCGCUGGUGCAUCCGUCUACCCUUUUCUCAUUAUUGGCAACGAUCGCUACCGCUUCGAUCCCACCUUUACUUUCAGCCUCAUCAACACGGUGCACGAUAUGUGGCAGGCUCAUGUGCGCCCCUUGUCUGUCGUCAUCGCCCUCUUCUCUGGCGUUUGGCCCUACCUCAAGCUUGUGCUGAUGCUGACGGCAUGGAUCAUGCCCGUGCGUUGGCUCGGCGAGAGCUCACGUGAAACUCUCCUCCGCGUGCUCGAUGCCCUUGGCAAGUGGUCCCUCAUUGACACCUACGUCAUGGUCAUGAUGCUUGUCGCCUUCCGCUUUCGGCUGCCACUGCUUCCCGCUGACAUGGAAACGGAGAAGGACACCUCACUGGACAUCUUUGUUCAGCCUGAUGUUGGCCUCUACACCUUUGUUCUGGCCACGAUCAUCUCUCUCAUUAUGGGCCACAUUAUUUUACACAUGCACCGCAAGGCAGCAGAUCAACAUCGUCAGCCUACCCCGGACCACCUCAAACGUUCCUUUGGCAACCACGUCUUUGUUCGUGACGAUAUAACCUACCGCUUCACUCGCUGCGGCUACUUUUCCAUCCUCCUGCUCCUGUUGGCCACCAUCGCUAUUCUGCUCGUCGGCUCGGUCAUGUAUGCUUUCAGCUUCAACUUUAAGGGCCUGGCUGCCGCGGGCUUGGACCUGGAGCAUGACUUGAUGGGUUAUAAUGACAGCUUCUCUUAUCGAAACUACAGUCUUGGCACGCUAGGCACUGCCAUUCCAGAGUCUUCCAUCGAACCAAAUUCUUUUCUCACUCGCAUGCUGCAGGCUACCUUCUACAUCUUUGCCAUUGUCAUGCCUUGCUUGCACGUGCUGGUCAUGAUCACCGUCUGGGUAGUGCCGCUCUCCGUGAAUGUGCAGGCUCGAUGGUACACCAUUGCCGAGGUCCUGAACGCGUGGUCGGCCCUCGACGUCUUUGUGGUCUCUAUCCUUGCCGCCAUUCUCCAGAUUCAACGAUUUGCUCUCUUUAUCAUUGGCGAUUAUUGCGAUGGCAUCAACAAGAUCAUUCAGCAACUGCAGGAUGAGGGCCAACUGCCCCACGAUUACGAAGCCAAAUGCUUUGAUGUUAUAGCCACCCUUGACAAUGGUUGCUGGUUCUUGUUUAGCGCCAUGCUCUUGUCCUUCUUUACGGCUGCCGUCGUUAUGCCCCUCUGUCAUCGAGCGCUCCAGGAUCGUUUGCAUUCAGAGAGAUCAACGAAGUUGCACACCGUCAACUCCAUGGGCCAGACCCCGAGCGAACCUCGCUCGUGUCAGUGCUUUGACAUGCUUAGCAUGGGCCGUUGGCUGGGCCUGGUUCAGAUGGACGAUGUCUUUGUGUAG